CUGUAACAGCUGCAAAUUGGUUGGGAACAACCAAGCUAGGUUGGCAAGGGUGGCCAACUUGGAUGGAUUGGUUGGGAAGGGACAAAUGUCAAAGUUGGGGUUCCUAUAGGGAGGGAAUCUUUGUGCUUAUGGGGUUUCCUUGGUUGGGGACUCUCUUGGGACCUUCCCUCUCAUCCCUCUCUUCCUAUCCCAACCUUUCUCUUGCUCCUCUAAAUUCCUUACUCCGUCCUUAAUUCUAACAAGUGGUAUCAGAGCUGUAUUAAGGACGUUGAGAGGAGUCUACAGAAGUGUGAAGACCCUUCUAGACCCACCAUGGCCUAAGAGCAAGGCCGAAGUGACCUUUGGACCAACCAGCUGCCGUGCUAAGCUUGGGAAGAAGGUGCUGUGGAGUCUGGAAGAGGAGACCAGCUGCAUCAAGGACCUGUGGCAGCUGCCCAUCAUCCCAUGGAAUGGGAAGACUCCAACAGCAGCAACGGCAGCAGUGGCAAAGGCAACAGCAGGAGGAGAUGCAACUGCACCAACUGAUGGGGUCUGGAAGCAAAGUCUGACAGUGUCAAGGGAUGUGAAGUUUCUUGAGUCCCUGUACUAUAAGGAAUGGAAGCAGCAGCAACAGAAGCUUCCAUCUACACCACUCAUUGUGGAGGCAGAUGAGUUGCAGCAGCCUUCAAGACAGGUGGAGGUUGCAGUGUCAGAGGAGGAGAUGUCUGGGGUGACUGAGGAAGGGGGAGCAGCUGAGGUGGAGCAGCAGCAGCAGCAUGAAUCUCCACCUCGAGUUCCACACCCGCCUGAGCGUCCUAGGAGGGAUGUGCGCCCUCCAGUGAGGCUGACCUAUGGGGGAAGAGGCAAGCGAAUGUGGUGCAGGCUGGGAGUGGGGUUGAGCAGAUUGAGGAAGAUGAGAUCGCUCACUGCUACUGGGCACCAAUCCCUGAGCCCAAGACUCGAGAAGAGGCCUUGAAUGGACCAAAUGGGGAGAAGUGGAAGGCGAUGGGAUUGGAGUACAGUGGAGUGAGGCAGCGGUUGCAGAGAGGUGCUGCAGAUGGGAAGAGUGGAGAGAUGCUCUUGAGUUGCUAUACUGACGCUAGCUUCAACUCAGUGAAAGCGGAUGGCACCAGCAUUGGGGGUUAUGUGUGCUUGCUAGGAGGUGGUGCUGUGAGCUGGCGCAGCAAGAAGCAGAAUGAG